GUAACGAUUAAUGGCAAUCGAAUCGUACAGUACAUUUACAUUGCAAAAAAGCAUAAAACAAAGUUUUAAAACAAUUAAAAGCGAGCAAUCCUCGGCGUGUUAUUAAAGAAGCAGCCCAGCGUUCGCCCCGUAACCGCGGCAGAGCGCGCGACCUUGCGAUUUCACGGAGUAGCAGCGCCAAAAAAGAGGGUCGUCGGCAGAGGGGCGCAGAGAGAGAAAAUGUCACGCAAAGCAGCAGAAGCAGCAGCAGUGGAAGUGGAAAAAGAGUGAAGAAACCCCCGAAUCCCAGCCAGUUGAGAUCCUUGCGAGGACGCGAACCCAGCCGGGGCAAGGACAACCGCAUCCCGAUGCUGAUGCGGCACAGCCAAGUGAGUGUGCCGUACGAAACCGAUGGACAGCAGCCAGCGAAAGUAGGAGACAACAACGGAGCCCUGCGUCUGCGGUCCUAAAAAAAAAACAACAACCACAUAGAACACAAACACACGGGCACAAAACACCUGCCGAGCGCAAUGCGAAUGCCGCCGAUCCUGGCCAGGAUUGAACACAAACCGGUGCUUGGAUGUCGUCGGUAAUUGGGUGCGCCAUCCGCCGUUGGGAAACCCCUAGCACUCCGCUGGCACCAUGCAAAGCCUGGACUCCUCAUGCCAAGAAGCCGACUUUAUUAUAAAUGACACGCUCAAGAAGUUAAAGGGCUCCAGCAAUGCGGACCAUGUCCAGGGACUAGCGGUCCACGCCCAUGGAUCGGGCGUCCACCAGACGCAGUUCGUGCAGUACCAGGCCGGGAACUCGCCGCAGCUGCAGCCCCAGCAGUCGUACCAUCAGGUUCACACGGUCCUACCGCAGCAGCAGUUCGCCUCCUCGAGCAGCAAGUCGUAUCUGGAGACGAGCCUGCUGCAGGCCAUACCACAGAUUCCUGCCCAACCGCCCAUCUGCAUCUUCGAUGACGAUGAGUCCCCCACCGAGGGCACUGGCGGCUCGCUGGGCGGCCUGCUCACGGAGCCCACCUCGGCCACGCCCAGCGGCCUGCCCACUGCAAUCGCUCCGUCGCCCUCCUCGUGCUCAUCCUCCACCACAACGCUGUCGAACUUCAACUCGAUCACCUCGCCCUCGCCGGUGGUGCCCGAUCUGCUGCUGUCCACGCCGCCGGGCGUCAACUCCAGUUUGAGCAACAGCUCAACGGGAGCGGCCAGUGUGUCGAGCAAGAAGUCCGAGAAGCGUCCGCCCUCCGCCAACUCGAUAGCCAGCAGUGGCGGUAGCGGGGGAGCACAUCACCUGCACCAUCAUCACCUCCACCAGACGCACAAUCACCAUGUCCUGGCAUCGCCCACGUCGUCGCCCAGCAAGCGACAGAAGUCAAACAGCAGUAGCAAGGAGUGCAGCUCCUCUAGUCGCAGCUCAGCUUUACCCGCCGCCUCAGUCUCCGCAUUGGCCACCACGUCGUCGCAAUCAGCGCGCGCUGGCGCCGGCGCUGCCUCCUCCAACAGCAACAACAAGCCACCUUCCUCCGUCUGCCAGUCGGGCAACAGCAAGUUUGUUAAUCUGCACGAGAAAAUUAAGGACCUGUACCUACAGCUGCUGAGCAACGACCUCAACUACUUUGCCGAAACAGGGCUAAAGCAACGCACUCGUUCGUUUACCCUGGAACGGCUGGUGGAGCGGGAGAAGCUCAACACGAUUGUGGUCAACCUGUAUCCCGGCAACAAGGGAUACUCGCUGGCCCUGCACUAUGAUGAGCACCUGCAAUUGAACCCGCAAACGAACGAAUGGUCCUCCACCGACAAGGACGAGGCCACGACCGAUGCUGCCAGCUUGGGAUCGGGAGUAGGAGCUGCCAGUCAUCGAGGCCGCUCUAAGCCAGCAAGCUUGGAUGACAGCCACUCAAAAUCGGAGGGUGGUCAGGCCAAGCACGACUUCGGUCUGGUGGAGGUUCUGCGAUGGCCCUACGAGAACGAUCUGCUGCUGCAGUGCAUCGACCGGGAGAUGCUGCCGGAGUUUCUAAUGGAUCUGCUCGGAGCCGAGACGGUCAGUUUGUCGGAUGGCGAGGGAACCAAGGUGUACGCCAAGCCGAGCGUCUUCUACGCCGGCUGCGUAAUCGCCCAGAUCCGCGACUUCCGCCAGACAUUUGCCACCUCAACGAAUAUCUGUGAUAUGAAGCACAUCCUGCUCAGGCCGACGAACGCCACCCUCUUCGCGGAAGUGCAGCAAAUGGGCAGCCAGUUGCCGGCGGAGGACAAGCUCGCCCUGGAGAGCCAGCUGGUGUUGGCCACGGCGGAGCCGCUGUGCCUGGAACCGGAUCCCAGUAUAGGGCGGCAGGCCAUCAAUGCCCAGCACCAGCGACAGCUCUUCAACUCGCACGAGCUGCGGCGCCAGAUGAAGAAGUUCACCCAGACGGCCAUCAAUCGGAAGCGCAAGCUCGAUCAGUUCACCCACCAUCACGGCCUGGAAUUGUGCGAUUAUUUGGCUCGCUUGCGCCAGAGACCUCGAACGGGGAGCAGCAGUGGCGGCGGCAAUGCCACACCGGCCACGGCGCCCACCAACAAUCCGCUGGUGGGCGCCAUGCUGUCGUCGUUCACUUCGAAGGUUCCGCGGCGACCGCACGAGGUUAUCCGGCCCAUUCGUCCGCCCACCCUGGAGUAUCCCGCCAAUCUGAAGGUGCCCGAGCACGUGAUCAGCGUGGAGAAGUACGCCAAAGCCUUCGAGCCGCUCAACGAGUUCAGCGAGGCCUGCAAGGACGGCUGCCAGCCGAACUGUCGGCACAACUUCCAGCCGCAGCUCAUCGAGGAGUACGUGCUGGAGACGGAGCGCGAGGCGAGCGAAGGACGGCGGGCGCUGUACCACAUCAAGCUGUCCAUCUUCCAGCGGCCCUCCGAUGCAGAGUACCUUGGCGAGCUGUACGUGGACAGAGACUACAGGGAGGGCGAGCGGAAUGGGGAAUCGUGCCGCUUUGCGCUGGGCACUCGGGUGCAUGCCAAUCGAUACAUUCAGCAGUUCCGCGAGAUCUUCACCGAGGAGGGGCGUAAGGCGGUCAAAAUCACGCAUUUGAUACCCGGGCAUGUGCCGAUCGUUACGCACACGGGAUUGACGAACGAGCAGCGGAUCCUGUUGCAGCAACAGCAGCAGCAGCAACAACAGCAGCAGAGGCAAGCCCAGUUGCAGCAGCAGCAGCAGCAGCAACAACAACAACAGCAGCAACAACAGCAUGUGGUUGUUGUGGGCAAUCCCCAACAACAACAGCAGCAGCCGCAGCAACAACAACAACCCCAGCAGCAGCAGCAACAACAACAACAAGCGACACAGCAGUUAUCCGCCACAGUGCAUCAUGUGGCACUGCCGCGACAGCAAAUCACUCAAAAGACUCUCAAUUUGGCCGGCGGUAAUGUUAUUAAUGUGCAGCAAAACUUUCGGCAGCAGCCAGCUCAACAGCAACAGCAAACCUACACAAUUGAGGCACCGCAGCAGCAGGGCGCAACACAGAUUGUCGCGCAGCAACAACAACAACAACCGCAACAGCAGCACAUUCACCUUCAGCAGUUGUCCACCGGCGGCGGCAGCAAUUCCUCCACGACAACUCACCAAGUUAGCCUCAGCAAUGGCUCCCUGGUCCUUGUGCAACAGCAGCCGCAGCAGCAGCAGUCGCAACAACUGGCCCAGGCGCUGCAACACUCGGGCAUAACCAUCCAGCCGGCCACCAUUCAGCAGCAGCAGGUGAAGGGCACAUCGGUGGUGGGGGCCAACUCCGCACUGCGUGCCCAGCUCAACUCUAAUGUGCCAAUACUGCAAACGCAGCUGAAAGUUCAGCAGCAACAGAUUAUGCAGAAGCAACAGCAACAACCGACAACUGCCACAAGUAACAACAACAACAAUAAUAACAAUAUGAACAACAAUGCGGCAACAAUACAACAUCCGAAUCCUGCAAUAAAUGCCAUAGUCAACAGCAUUAUGAACUCUGCCAAUCAGUACCAACAACAGCAGCAGCAACAACAGCAGCAACAACAACAUCAGCAACAUCAACAGCAAACUGGAAACACAACGACCAACAAUGCUGCAGUGUCCGGUAAUAACAACAACAACGGAAGCAGCAAUAGCGCCACAACACUCAAAAACUCCAGCAACGCAUCAAUUCUGAACCUGCUCAACAGUGCACCAGCGGCCAUGACCAGCACUCCAGUGGCCAGUGGCACAUUUACCUCAUCCACCGGGCAGCAGCAACCGCAGACACUGACGCUUGUGCAGCACCAGCAGCAAUCCAAUCCGGCCACUGCGGAUGCAACAACGGCUACCUAUGUGCAGACCACCCGUGGCACGCCCACGCUGGUGAGUACACAGCGGAAACAGCAGUCCAGCGAGGUGCUGCAGAACUUGUUGAACGCCAAUCGAAAGAUCGGCGGUGCGGGAACCACAACGACAACGUUUCGAACGAACUCAGCGGGCAAUUUGAUAGCCGUGAACCUCAACCAAGCGGGGCAGGCGCACCACCAGCAAACGGGCGACGGAAGUCAGACGGUGAGGGUGUCCAUGUCGGCGCUCGCCUCGCAGUUGGCCUCGCCGCCGGCGGUGAUGACGAACCCCACCACCAGCUACACAGUGAUCUCGUCGGGCAACAAUACUGCGGCUGCUGCCUGGAUUCAGAGUCCAACGGGUCCGGUGCCGCAGCGCAUCCUGAGCUCGCUGCGGAGGGACAGCACCACGGCGCCGCCCAAUGCAAUUGUGGUGGGCAUGGCCGCACCAUCUCCGGGCAGCGAUUCGAACGCCUCGAAUGCCAGUGGCUUUGCGGUGCCCAACAAUCUGGCGUCCACUUCAAGUGGAGGCGGUGGUGGAGGAGCCCUGUCCGCCUUGCUAACCAACGCAGCCACGCCAUCGCCAUCGGGCUCGGAUCACUCGCAGUCGUCGCAGACGCACCAAAACCAAGCACUGCUGGAACGCCUUAGCAAUGUCACCUCCAACGUGUCCGCCGUUUCCAUGCCGCACAUGUCGCCGCAACAGCCGCAGGCGACGCAGCAGUUCAUCACCAAAACCAUUGUACACUCGCCCGCCACCUCGUCGAUACACUCGCCUAUGUCUAGUCCGCAUCCGCAGCCCUCGGCCUCGCCGCAGCAGCAGCAGCAACAACAGCAGCAGCAGCAACAGACCACCGCCACCCUGAACCUGCAGGGCAUCAAUCUGUCGCAGCUGCAGGGCGCCAUGGCUAACUUUGCCAGCCUGCAAAACGUCCAGGUGCAGAUACCCGGCUUCACGCAGCCCAUUUCGCUGCAGUUCUCCGGCAACAGUUUGCAGCAGCAGCAGGCGGGGAGUGCGGCAACGGGCGCGGGAACGGCGCAAGGCCAGCAGCGGAGUGUCCUGGUCUCGGUGCCGGUUUCCAGCCAGCAACAACAACUGCCACACACCAUAACGCUGCAGACGCAGUCGGCGCCGCAUCACCAGCAGCAGCAUCAGCAGGCGCAACAGCAACACGCCCCGCCGACGGGCACCAUCGUUAGCCUGCCCUCCACAGGACCCGGCACCCAGACGGUGGUCAUAACGAACAAUGCCGGAGGGGCGGGAGUUUCGGCGGGAAACAACGCCAGUGGCAAUGCGGGCAGCGGCGGAGGAGCAGGUGCCACAACAGCCAUGCUGACGCUACCCAUUGCUCAAAUAGUCGGUGCCGGUGUACAGAAACUAAAUCCUCAAACAAUACGUACCUCAAGUGUUGGUGGUGGUAUAGGUAUCGCCCAGCAGACGGUCCAGCAGCAGCAGCAACAGCAGACGAUCCAGGCGCAGGCGGGCGGCAACAGCACUGCGGCCAUCCAGCUGCUGGGCACCAUUCAGCCGCGGGCCCGCAACGUCCAGGUGGUGGGCACCAAGCAACUGGCCGCGAGCAGGCAGCUCAUCACCACCCAGCGGCAAAUAGGUGGCUCCACGCUCAAGAUAGCCACCACUCCUGUAAACGCCAAUGUGGUGACCAGCAGCGCCAGCCUGAGCACCACACCCAUUGUGAUGACCGGUCAAAAGCUGCAGCUGAAAACAGUGAAGGCGCCGAUGCAACAGCAGCAACAGCCGCAGCAGCAACAGCAGCUGCAGCAGCAACACCGAAUACUCAACCAGCAAAGCACCGCCACCGUCUCGUCGCAGACACUGCCCAGUCCCAGCCAAGUGCAGGUGCAGGUGCCGCAGCAGCAGCAGCAACAGCUGCAUCAGAUUCAGAUCGCCGGAAGGGCCGCCACCGCCACGGGGGCCAUCAGCCAAAGGACACUGACCGCUUUGGCGGCGGCCAAGCAGCAGCAGCAACAACAGCAACAGGCGGCGGUCAAUCGACGGCGAUCCACAACCGAUGCGACCAAGUAGAGGAUGUGGGUUCUGGGCUCUGGAACUGAGAGGACUGAGAGAUGAAGCAUUAGAGCGAACAAGUAAAAGGCUACGCGUUGUGUAUUGCUUGAUAUUAUAGUUUAUGGUUACCUCCUAACUAUCACUACUACCGUACAUUGUAUACCCAUAUAACUAUAUAUGUUUUGAUGUGUAAUCGUAAGUGUAAAUUGCAUGGGCAACAGCAUGGCGGCUCAUAGAUGUGCAACCUAGUUAGGAGCUGGAGCCUAGUAGUGCUGCAACCAGAAGCAGCCUGCCCCGAGCUCCGCCGACUGCGCUUGUGUUAAUUGUGUACCCUUGGCAAAAACGAAUUAGGUGUAGAGGUCUUAAUAAUAUUUAUCUAGUUGUAUAUACGCAUAUAUAUUAUUAUAUAUAUAUGGAAAUUGUUUCAAUAUGUCCCGCGCCCAAUCGCCAUUUAACUAAACACAAGAACACCUAUCAAUUUGGCUCCCAACUCCAAUUCGUUAAGUCCUAAGACUAGCUCUUUAAGCGUGCUAAUUUUAAGCUGUAAAUCAGGGGGAGUCGACGAUAACAAAGGAAAGCAAUAAUAUGAGGAGGAAAAAUCAACAAAACACGUAAAUUAAUUGUAAAGAAAUUCUUAUUAUUACGAUUACGUUUAGCUACGAGAGCAUGUGAACCGGGUUAGGGGUUCAUUUUAGCAAUUACAAAUAUUCAUAUUGUACUAUUAAUAUUAUUAUUGCUAAUUAUUUAAUCAAUUGCUUAGCUUAAGUUCACAAAAGAAGAGAAACAACAUUUUAGUUUGUAAUGUACAAUUCGUAGCCUCAACCAAUUUAGUACUUCCAAUUGCAAAAACAUUAAAAACGGAAAGCAAAACAAAAUACACAAAAAGUCAAUACUUA